CUUCGCCGGGUUUGGGUCUUCUGUUGACAUCCGAACACCCGACAACACCCAUCUUCCGCUGGCAAGCCUCAAAGACACUCGCUCCACGCAGUCACCACUCGCCGCUCCGCCACUCUCCGCCAUCCUUUCCCCAAGGCUUUGGGCCGCCAAAGCAUAAUCUGCCUCCUGGGGCAAGUCAAACAUGCGCCUUCAACAGCCCCCCCGGCUGAUCCGGGUCCUGCAUCUGCUCUCGAUCCUGCCGUUUUUUGUCGGUUCUGCUCAGGCUCUCACGCAGAAAUACUGCUCCACCCAGAACACUGGCUCUGGCAACUCGCAGGGCACGAGCGUCUAUCAAACCACCGGACUUUGCCAUGACGCAUGUGUUGACAAGUACGCCUUUGCUGUUAUUCAGGGGAACGCUUGUUGGUGCUCCAAUUACGUGCCUGCCGCCCAGUCGAGCACCGAUAGCUGUGACCAGACUUGCCCAGGUUACCCUUCGGAAAACUGCGGGUCUACAGAUAAUAGCCUCUACGGCUACAUAGCGCUUAAUAUUUCGCCUUCUGGUACCAUAGGUGCAUCCUCAAGCGCUGCUACGAGUACCUCAACUCAUAAGACGAGUACGGUAAGUUAGUUAUGUCGGAGCUGCUUGCAUUCAUGCGUUGCUGGUCUACUCAUAUAUGAGUAUUUUUUUUCUUUGCCUUUUUUUUCUUUUUCUCGUUUUUCUCCCCUACACUCAAUCACUCCCCUUCCCAAUUCUUCUUCU